AUGAUUGAGCCUCUUCAGCUCGCUGGCUUACGCGCUUUGCGUUUUAUUGUAGGGUUCGCCGUGCUUUGGAGCACUACUGGGCUGCUGGCACUCACGUGGUGGAUAUACAAGCAGUUAUCCAAAGAACGAGUUAUCUCAUAUCCCGUAAUAGGCGAUCCCCACGCUCAGUCGGUGGAAGACAAUCUCAUUCAGGGAAUGAAAAAGUACCACGAUUCGCCCUUUGUCCUGGCUGGAUCACACCCACCACUGCUCAUCCUACCAAUGUCUGUCUUUCAUGAGAUACACAACAUGCCAAAUGAAGGUAUUUCCAUCAUAGCAGAGCAUGAAGACAAGUUCCAGGGCAAGUACACUCACAUCACCACCAUCCGACCUGAGAUUCCCGCCACUAUUCGUCAGGAUUUGACCCGUAAUAUGCCCAGCAUUAUACUGGACUUCCAGGAUGAGUUGGCAUACGCCUCCAAGUUCUGGCCAAAAACAGGCAAUUGGUCAUCUGUACCAUUGUACGAGAUGAUGCUCAGGACCGUGGCGCUUUUGAGUGGCAGAGCAUUUGUCGGUCUGCCCUUGUGUUGCGAUCAAGGCUGGCUACAAGCUUCCAUAGGCUACACCGUUCAAUGUGUUUCAAUACGCGAUCAGCUGCAUACCUGGAGUCCCGUGCUGAGACCAAUUAUUGGCCCAUUCCUACCCAGCGUGCGUUCAGUGCGAAGACACCUUCGCUUCGCAGCGGAGAUAAUGGCUCCUUUGAUCUCGCAAGUUUUACAAGUAGAUGGAAUUCAACACCAAACAGAUACAGAUCAGGCCAAAGGGCGAGGGACGUUUAUUUCAUGGCUUCUUCGGCACUUGCCCGAGGAGCUUAGAACCCCAGAACAAGUCGGGCUAGAUCAAAUGCUGGUCUCAUUCGCUGCGAUCCACACUACUACCAUGGCCCUCACCAAGGUUGUAUGGGAGCUUGCCAAACGGCCAGAAUACAUUGAGCCAUUGAGAGCCGAGAUGUACGACGUCUUUGGACCCGAGGUUGGUGCAACUGCCAUAUGCAUGAACAAGGAGGCUCUUUCUAGGCUCCAUAAACUGGAUAGCUUCAUUAGAGAAGUCCAGCGCUGGUGCCCUUCGUCAUUUGCAUUUCCCGCCCACGCAAUCCACAUGUCCGAAGAGACGCCAACAUUCUCGCCAGACUUUAGCUCUGACUUCACGAACCCGUCACCUCUCACAUUUGACGGGUUCCGGUACUCGAAUCUCCGAUCUAUCAAAGGACAAGAGUCGCAACACCAGGCAGCCACUACGGGUCCCGACUAUCUGGUCUUCAACCAUGGAAAGCACGCAUGCCCUGGAAGGUUCUUUGCCAUAUGUGAGAUCAAGAUGAUACUCGUGGAACUAUUGGCAAAGUACGAUUUUAUACUUGAGGAUGGAAAGCCAGGGCCUGAGUUGAUGCGUGUUGGGACAGAGACUCGACUGGAUACCAAAGCUUGUCUCAAGAUAAGAAGGAGAUAA